GUCAUUUUUUUUUUUAAUUUUGACAAUUUACCUUCUCUUGUGGAAAUUCGUGAAUGUGGCAAAUAGUAUUUGUUUAUAAUUAUCGAAUAUAAUAAAUGAUACACCGUGAAUUACCCAAUCGCAUCUAAAAGUUAUUUUACGGAGAGUUUUACAAAAAGCUACCAAGAUUAGUGCCAAAAUGCAGGGCGUGAGCGCUCCUCGCGAGCAGCCUCCGCCAGUAAUCAGUACCAGCUCCACAAUCCUCAAUAUGAGGGAAAAGGAGAAAUACAUAGAAGAUUUUGACUUUCCCUUCUGUGACGAGUCUUCUAAAUAUGAAAAAGUCGCUAAAAUUGGCCAGGGAACUUUCGGAGAGGUCUUUAAAGCGCGGGCUAGAAACUCUUCAAAAAAAUUCGUUGCUAUGAAAAAAGUUCUCAUGGACAAUGAGAAGGAAGGCUUUCCGAUAACGGCUUUGCGAGAAAUAAAGAUCCUACAGCUCCUCAAACACGAAAACGUUGUUAAUUUGAUAGAAAUAUGCAGAACAAAGGCUACAUUGCAUAAUAAAUAUAGAUCGACAUUUUACCUCGUUUUCGACUUCUGUGAACACGACUUGGCGGGCUUGUUAUCAAAUAUGAACGUUAAAUUUAGCUUGGGAGAGAUUAAAAAGGUCAUGCAGCAGUUAUUAAAUGGUUUAUAUUACAUACACAGCAAUAAGAUAUUGCAUAGAGACAUGAAAGCUGCUAAUGUGUUAAUAACCAAAAAUGGGAUUCUCAAGUUGGCCGAUUUCGGUCUAGCGAGAGCCUUUAGUGUUGCCAAGUCUGGACAAGUCAAUAAAUACACAAACAGAGUGGUUACACUGUGGUACAGACCUCCAGAACUGCUUUUAGGGGACCGAAAUUAUGGACCUCCAGUAGAUAUGUGGGGUGCCGGCUGUAUUAUGGCAGAGAUGUGGACACGGUCACCCAUCAUGCAGGGUGCCACUGAACAGCAACAACUGAUCCUGAUCUCCCAGCUCUGUGGCUCAUGCACCCCAGACGUGUGGCCCGGCGUUGAAGCUCUAGAUCUGUACAACAAGAUGGAACUACCCAAGGGCCAAAAGAGGAAGGUUAAGGAAAGGCUAAAGCCGUACGUGAAGGACCCCUACGGCUGCGACCUGCUGGAUAAGCUGCUGCAGCUAGAUCCGGCAAAGAGGUACGAUGCCGACACAGCCCUAAACCACGAUUUCUUCUGGACGGACCCGAUGCCGUGCGAGCUCGCGAACAUGCUCGCCCAGCACACGCAGAGCAUGUUCGAGUACCUGGCGCCGCCGCGCCGGCCCGGCCACCUGCGCCACCACCACCACGUGGCCGGGGCGGCGCCCAAACCGCAGGCCUCCGUGCAGGACUCGGGGUACCAGGACCGCGUGUUCUGAGUUACUCUGAAACUUAGUCAUCGCCAAUAGGUUAAGGGAGACUGGACAUUUUGAAAGGCUUCGGUAUGGAUUAGAAACACAAAACCUCAGUGUCCUUCGAUUUGAAACACAAACCCUCAACUUUCUUUAAAACCCCAUGUCACAGACUUUUUCCUAAAUCUCUUGGAACACAAAACCCCGGCAUUAUUAGAUGUCCAUCAAAUAUAGUCUGAGAAAAAACGGAGGUUUUGUGUUUCAAGCAUUGUGAUUUCAAAAUGUUACGUUUGAAUUUUGUGUUCAUUAAUAGGCGGAUCCACACAGAACGAACCGCCUCGCGAGGAAAUUUUGGCGUUAAGCAGCUCAGUUUGUGUAGACGUGCCUCGGGCCAAAGACAGUUUGUAAUAGAGGUGUAUUGUCAAAGAAAACUUUGUAGCCACGUAAAUUUACUGCCAUCUUACGACAAAAGAUUAAAACUUUUAGAACGCCAUUUGACUUUGAUCCUUAUUCUUUCACAAAUAUGUGUUAAAUUUGUUAAAUAUCAAAAAGUGGCGCCAUCUUACCGGACACAAUCUAAAGGUUAUGGCGCCAUUGCUCGAAACGAUGCUGCCAUAACUUUAGCCUUUGAUCUACUAGAUGGCGCCACUUUUUGAUAUUUAACAAAUAUUAGUAAAAGAAUAAGGAUCCAAGUCAAAUGGCGUUCUAAAAGUUUUAAUCAUGUGUCUAAGGAUGGCAGUAAAUUUAUUGUUGCUACAAAAUUUUCUUUCUUUGGCAAUCUACCUCUAUUACAAAUUAUCUUUGCUAGCAAUGCCGCGGGCGAGAGACAUCUCCACAGACGGAGCUACUUCGCGCGGCAAUUUCCUCGCGAGGCGGCUCGUUCUGUGGACCCGUCUAAUAAAGAAACUACGGUUAGCACAACGAAUUUCGUACGCGCGCGUAAUUAAUUGUUGUCCUGAUGAUGACGGCAGUCAAGGACACUAAGUGAGCGGGACAGCAAUAUAAUUAUGCGCAUGCAAUCGAGAUAGAAAUAGGCGGGUCAAUGUACGAACGACAUUUCUUGUGCUAAGCGUCCUUUCUUUAGAUAUUGAUAUAAAUGCAUUGAAUGUAGGUAGAUAUUUUUGAAAAUAAAUUAAAUUGAUAGUGCAACUAUCUAUCAUAAAAGACUGGUAAACAGUUGUAUGUAAUAUAUAAAAAAAAUGUUUGAUUGAUGUCUGUAACUUCCAACUUUUUUAUAUGUAACUCAUUUUUAUGUAUAAACUAAUUUUUUUUGUUAUAUUUUGCUUUGAGUAAUACUAAUUCAUAAUUAUAUGCAAAUAAAAAUACUGCCUAGAGAUAUAAGAAAGGAAUGAUACUUUUUUUUAAAUCCUUAUUAUUUGUUAUUUUCAUGAUUGUCAUACAUAUUGAGUGAUUAGAAUAGGCGAACUUAUAAUUUGUUAUUGGGCAAGGUAAACAGUUGUAUGUAAUAUACAAAGAAAGUGUUUGAUUGAUGUCUGUAACUUCCUACUGUUUUAUAUGUAACUCAUUUUUGUGUAUAAACUGUUUUUUUGUUAUAUUUUGAUUUGAGUAAUAGUAAUUCAUAAUUUUAUGCAAAUAAAAAUACUGCCUAGAGAUAUAAGCAGGGCCCGUACUUUUCAUGCCAUUGACGCAAAAAUGACGUAAUUUAACAUACAGGGAGUUUUUUUUACAGUACUACAAAUUUAGAUAUCUUACCUAUUGGCGCGUUGAAAAAUAAAUACUUAUUACGUAAAAUGUACAGUUAAAAAUCAAAAAUAUGUAUUAUUUAAUAAUCUAUUAUUGUCAUUUUUUUUGAGUGACAGUAAAUGAAAGUCAGCUAGACGUUUCUGUACUUAUUGUCUAUGAUCUUUAUCAGUUAACUAAAGAAGUUGACAAAUGAUUAAUUAUUAUAAAAUUACUAAUUGGAAUCAUACUCUAUAUAGCGUGACGUCAUUUUUCCGUCAACGGCAUGAAAUGUACGGGCCCUGGAUAUAAGGAAGAAAUAAUACUUUUUUAAAUCCUUAUUAUUUGUUAUUUUCAUGAUUGUCAUUUGUCAUACAUAUUGAGUGAUUAGAAUAGGCGAACUUAUAAUUUGUUAUCGGGUAAGGUUGCUAUUAUAGCAUUACACCAGAUACUCACAUAUAUAUGUGGACAUGCCUCUAUUGUCAAGGCUUGGGGCUCGUGUUCAAAUAUUUUUGAGCAUCUUGGCCGUUCCGAUAUAUCUGAUGGCGACUCUACAUGUAAGUAAGUCAACUCUACAACUCUUCGUUGUUAUGAUAUGAUAUUGUUGGUAAUAAACCCAUGUAUGUAUAAAUGUGUAUACAUCUCGUUCUGAACUAAGUAGCGGUACGUAAUAUGUGUAAAUAUGAAAAUAAAGCAUUUUUCUACGUAA